GGGGAUGCUCGGGUCGGGCCAGCCGCGGCAGCCCCGGGGCACGGCUGGGAAUGCGGGGGGAUCGGCCCCGCAGGCUGAUGGCGCGUUUGGGACCCCGCUGCCUGCGGGGUUUCCCACCUCCACACCCCAUAUUUUUUGUCCGCGGGAUGGAGCCGCAUGUGGGGGGAAGCUGGGUACCGGGCUCGGGCAUGUGACGGGAAUUUUUGAUAUUACGUCAUGACAUCGUGGCUUUGGAUGGGAUAAAAUCUUGAUGUGUCAGUCCGGGAGGGAACGGGGUGCUGGAAGGGAAGCGCAGCCCAGGUAGAGACCUUUGUAUGCCGGGGCAUGUGGAUCCCCAAAAGCUCGUGGGGAAGCAGGUUUGCUCUGCGGGGAGGCUUCACCCCACUUCUCGUGUUUGGGAACGGAUUCGUGUUCUCCGUCUGAAACAUCCUGGGCUGGCAAAAUACAUCCACCGGGCUCUCCAAAUCCAUCCCCCUGGGUUGCGAUGCUGCGUUGGCUCCGGCUGGGCCUCAGCGCUGAGCGGCUGCCGAGCUGAGGAGCCGUCUGCACGUGUCGCUGGUCCACUCGCCCCGGGGGACACAACCAAGGUCCUAACGCUGGCCAGGUGUCCAAAAUGGUCAUGCAAAGACACCAGCUCACCUACGCAGGAAUAGCGUUUGUUCUGUACCUUCAUCACCUCGUCAGUACCAUCGAAGUCCCUCUGGAUUCAAAUAUUCAGAGUGAAUUGCCUCAGCCCCCCACAAUCACCAAGCAGUCCGUGAAGGACUACAUCGUGGACCCAAGGGAUGACAUCUUCAUUGAAUGUGAAGCCAAAGGGAACCCCGUUCCCACGUUUUCCUGGACGCGCAACGGGAAGUUCUUCAACGUGGCGAAGGACCCCAAGGUGUCCAUGCGGCGGCGGUCGGGGACGCUGGUCAUCGACUUCCACAGCGGGGGGCGGCCGGAGGACUACGAGGGCGAGUACCAGUGCUUUGCCCGGAACGACUACGGCACCGCUCUCUCCAGCAAAAUCCACCUCCAGGUUUCUAAGUCUCCCCUGUGGCCCAAGGAGAAGGUGGAUGUGAUCGAGGUGGAUGAAGGUGCCCCGCUCAGCCUGCAAUGCAACCCCCCACCCGGCCUGCCGUCUCCCGUCAUCUUCUGGAUGAGCAGCUCCAUGGAGCCCAUCCACCAGGACAAACGUGUCUCCCAGGGCCAGAACGGUGACCUGUACUUCUCCAACGUUAUGCUGCAGGAUGCCCAGACCGACUACAGCUGCAAUGCUCGCUUCCACUUCACACACACCAUUCAGCAGAAAAACCCUUACACCCUCAAGGUGAAAACCAAGAAACCCCAUAACGAAACGUCUUUACGAAAUCACACUGGCAUGUACAGUGCCCGAGGAAUUACGGAGACGACUCCCAGCUUCAUGUAUCCCUACGGGACCUCAAGCAGUCAGAUGGUGCUCCGAGGCGUGGACCUCUUGCUGGAGUGCAUCGCUUCAGGAGUACCAGCACCAGAUAUCAUGUGGUACAAGAAAGGAGGAGAGCUCCCGGCAGGCAAAACCAAGCUGGAAAACUUUAACAAGGCUCUUCGGAUCUCCAACGUCUCUGAGGAAGACUCUGGGGAGUAUUUCUGCUUGGCAUCAAACAAGAUGGGCAGCAUUCGCCACACGAUCUCGGUGAGAGUGAAGGCUGCUCCAUACUGGUUGGAUGAACCCCAAAACCUCAUCCUGGCCCCCGGUGAGGAUGGCAGGCUGGUGUGUCGGGCCAAUGGGAAUCCCAAGCCUGCGAUACAGUGGCUGGUGAAUGGUGAGCCUAUAGAAGCUUCUCCCCCCAACCCAAGCCGAGAGGUGGCUGGAGACACCAUUGUAUUUCGAGACACCCAGAUCGGCAGCAGUGCUGUGUACCAGUGCAACGCAUCCAAUGAGCACGGCUACCUCCUCGCCAACGCCUUUGUCAGCGUCCUUGAUGUCCCUCCACGGAUCCUGGCACCUCGCAAUCAGCUCAUCAAGGUCAUUCAGAACAACAGGACCCGGCUCGACUGCCCCUUCUUUGGCUCCCCGAUCCCCACCCUGCGAUGGUUUAAGAACGGCCAGGGGAACACGCUGGAUGGAGGAAACUACAAAGCACACGAGAACGGGAGCUUGGAGAUGAACAUGGCGCGGAAGGAGGACCAGGGCAUCUACACUUGCGUCGCGACCAACAUCCUGGGCAAAGCAGAGGCCCAGGUUCGCCUGGAGGUUAAAGACCCAACCAGGAUAGUGCGAGGCCCCGAGGACCAGGUGGUGAAGAGGGGCUCCAUGCCCCGGCUCCACUGCCGCGUCAAGCACGACCCCACGCUGAAGCUCACGGUCACCUGGCUGAAGGAUGAGGCGCCCCUGUACAUCGGAAACAGGAUGAAGAAAGAAGAUGACGGUCUGACAAUAUUUGGUGUGGCCGAAAAGGACCAAGGGGAUUACACCUGCGUGGCCAGCACGGAGCUGGACAAGGACUUGGCUAAAGCGUAUCUCACCGUCCUAGCCAUCCCCGCUAACCGUUCGAGAGAAUUACCGAAAGAACGACCCGACCGGCCCCGUGACUUGGAGCUGACAGACCUGGCCGAGAGGAGCGUGCGGUUGACCUGGAUCCCCGGCGACGACAAUAACAGCCCCAUCACAGACUACAUCGUGCAGUUUGAGGAGGAUCGGUUCCAACCGGGGAUGUGGCACAACCACUCCCGCUACCCCGGCAGCGUCAACUCGGCCGUCCUGAGCCUCUCGCCUUACGUCAACUACCAGUUUCGGGUGAUCGCGGUGAACGAUGUGGGCAGCAGCCUGCCCAGCGUGCCCUCCGAGCGCUACCAGACCAAUGGGGCACGUCCUGAAAUAAACCCAACAGGAGUUCAAGGUGCAGGGACCCAGAAAAACAACAUGGAGAUAACCUGGACGCCUCUGAAUGCAACUCAAGCUUAUGGGCCCAACCUCAGGUACAUCGUGAGAUGGAGGCGAAGGGACAUCCGAGGGAGCUGGUACAAUGAGACGGUGAAGACGGCGAGGCACGUGGUGUGGAACACCCCCAUCUACGUCCCCUACGAGAUCAAGGUGCAGGCGGAGAAUGACUUUGGGAGAGCACCGGAGCCUGACACCUUCAUCGGCUAUUCGGGGGAAGAUUAUCCCAAGGCUGCGCCUACCGAUGUUAGGAUCCGGGUUUUAAACAGCACUGCCGUUGCUCUGACCUGGACCCGCGUGCACCUGGACACCAUCCAGGGCCAGCUCAAGGAGUACAGAGCCUAUUUCUGGAGAGACAGUAGUUUGCUGAAGAACCUGUGGGUCUCCAAAAAACGGCAGUAUGUGAGUUUUCCUGGAGACCGAAACCGGGGCAUAGUGUCCCGGCUGUUUCCUUACAGCAACUACAAGCUUGAGAUGGUUGUAACCAACGGGCGAGGAGAUGGGCCACGCAGUGAAGUUAAGGAGUUCCCCACCCCAGAAGGAGUGCCCAGCUCCCCCAGGUAUUUAAGAAUCCGACAGCCAAAUCUGGAAAGCAUCAAUCUGGAGUGGGAUCACCCAGAGCAUCCCAAUGGAGUCCUCACAGGAUACAGCCUUAGAUAUCAAGCCUUUAAUGGAUCCAAAACGGGCCGAACCCUGGUAGAGAACUUCUCUCCUAACCAGACAAGGUUCACCCUGCAAAGGACAGACCCCAUCUCGCGCUAUCGCUUCUUCCUGCGCGCACGGACCCAGGUGGGAGAAGGAGAAACCUUAGUGGAGGAGUCACCAGCCUUGCUGAACGAAGCCACGCCAACCCCAGCUGCUACUGGGUUGCCUCCGACUACAAUCGGUCUAACCAGUACUACAACAACCCCAACUACCACUACUACCGACACAACUACCACCGACACAACAACUACCACCACUACCGAUACAACUACCACCACUACUGAUACAACUACCACCACUACCACCACCACAACCACCACCACCACCGUCGCCAGCACCACGGCAGCUGCAGAGAGGGCUCCGGCAGCCACCACAAAGCAGGAGUUGGCCACCAAUGGAUCGUCCAUAUGGGACUUAAGAGCUAUGGCUAAUAGUAACUGGGCAAACAUCACCUGGAGCCACAAUUACUCUGCAGGAACUGACUUUGUGGUUAAGUAUAUCACCAGUAACAAGACAGAGAAAUCUAUUCCCGUUAAAGCUCAGACCCCUUCCUCUGUGCAGCUGGCGGAUCUGACGCCGGGGAUGAUGUACAAGCUGUGGGUGUUCCCCAUAUGGUCUAGCCCCAGUGAACACUCCUAUAUAACCUUUACCACCAGCUCAGCUUAUACCAAGAACCAGGUGGACAUCGCGACGCAGGGCUGGUUCAUCGGGCUGAUGUGUGCCAUAGCUCUCCUGGUCCUCAUUCUGUUGAUCGUCUGCUUCAUUAAGAGAAGCAGAGGUGGGAAAUAUCCAGUACGAGACAAUAAAGACGAGCAUCUAAAUCCUGAAGACAAGAACGUUGAAGACGGGUCAUUUGACUACAGCGAUGAAGACAACAAGCCGCUGCCAAACAGCCAGACGUCCUUGGACGGCACGAUAAAGCAGCAGGAGAGCGACGAUAGCUUGGUGGACUAUGGAGAGGGGGGAGAAGGGCAGUUUAACGAGGACGGCUCCUUUAUCGGCCAGUACACAGUGAAGAAGGACAAAGAGGAGACGGAAGGCAACGAGAGCUCGGAAGCCACCUCCCCAGUCAACGCGAUCUACUCCUUGGCAUAGCGCGAUGCACUGAAACCACAAACAGCUGGAGGCGUUUGUAGCGGAUGGGGGUCAAACAACAGCCGCUGCUGCCGCUACCCCCAACAGAAACGUGUGAAUGAAACCAACCAACAAGGACACAAAAAAGAAAAAAAAAAAUAAAAAAAACAUAAUAAAAAAAAAUCCAAGCAAACAGGCAGACCAGGUAGCUGCCGAUGCCAUUUUAUCGUUAGCAAACAAGCGAACGGUGAGGAGUCCCGGGACGCGGAUGGGUUGUAGCUGAGGGCUGGAGGGGCUGGAGGAGGAGGGGGAUGCUCCAGCUGCAUCCCAGUUUGGGGCUGGCCCGGCACCCAGCGCCAGCCCGGCAGGGCCACCACGGGCUCAGCUGCCCAGGCUCCCCGAGGCCCUUUUUGUUCUUUUGGGAGGGAGUUAAAAAAUGCUUCUCUUUAAUCUUUCCAGGAAGGCUCCAGAGAACAGGAGGAGGGAGGAAGGGAAGAGGGGUGAGUGGGGCUUGGGCAGAGUAGCAAGAGCAACAUAAACGCACGAAAAGAGGAAAGUGGUGGAUCUUCGGAUGAUGACAUUGUAUUACUGAGACACCCAUCCUCAUGGCAGUAUCGCCCGCAGCCUCUCCCAAACCACUCAACACCGCAAGCUCCUUCCUGACGGAUCAAGCAUCACCCACGUGGGGAAGAGUAGGUCCCUUUGCUUCCCUCGGCACCCUAACUCCCAUCAGCGCUGAGGCUCCAUGGUCCGUCCCCUGCAAAGCCCAUGUUGGAUCACCUGCACCCCCGCAGGGCUCCGGAGCAUCCUCAGGGGACAGAAGAGCUCAUGAGGUUCAGGGAAGGACAGUCAGGUGCUGCUCACCCUCCAAGCCCAGGAUAAGAGCAUUGCUUUUCUGGGUAACUGCAGGCAAACCAGUUGGGUUUAGUCUUGGCUUUGUAAGAAUUUAGGGGGAAACUGCCCACCCCCAGACCACGCCUGCUUUCUUUUAAACACAACUCCAUAAAUCUUAUGUAGCAAAAAGGGAGUUGAAACAGGACCAGUAGUAGUACCACAGGGUGAGGGGACUAGAAAUCAUUGAUUUUUAAAAAUCCAAAGCACCUGGUCAGGACGAGAAGCACCCGCUGGGAUCGGGUGGAGGAUCCCCCACGACCGCCCUGCGCUGCAGCUCCCCAGCAGCAGCUUGAACGCUUCAGGGACGCAAAUUCCUCGGGAGAUUGAGGUCCCAGGCACCAGGGAUGAGCCAGAUCAACAGUAUUUCCCACUAAAUUCUCCUCCUCAUUUCUGACAGUGGCCUUUCCCCCCUCCAUCAAUCAGCCCGAGCAAGCGCCCGCACUGUGGGACUCCCUUCCGCUGUCUUAUCUACAUAUCAAGAUGAUGCGCUAUUUCAGUUAACCCGUUAACACACUGUAACCAGGCGUCUCGGGUAGGAGCGCUCCUUCACAUGCCUUACACAGCUUCGGACUUCCCAUGAAGGUUAAUAAACUGAUACUACUCCCCCACCGCUUACGCACCCCUAACGCAACGGUCUUGGAUCCACCAGAGCCGUAGGAGUAGGAUGCCCGGGCGGCUCUCCCAGCAUGGGUCAUUGUAGAAGGUAGAACUUUAUACUAGACCGUACUUAGUGGCCAACGCCAUGUGUAUUCUCCCACUUCCUGCACUUUUGAAACCAAAGGUACCUUUGCUGAGAGAGAUCGGAUUUCUGCAGAUUGUUUCACCGACGGCGAACGACGUUUGGAUGGAUUUUUCCAAAGGAGGAUGUUUUUGUUCAGCGUAAUGGAUUAAAUGCAAUAGGAUUAAUGCAAUUAUUCUUUUAGCUUUCAAGCUGGUUUGCUAUGGAGACAUAUUGCUAACAAGAAUACUUCUACUAAUACGGAUUGUUGAGAUGGACUUUGCCACACUCUUUAAGCUGCUAACGGCACAACUAUCCUGCGCUUCGGGAAGAGCCUGGACCCGGUCAGCACCCACAGAGAACCUGCUGCUGGAUCACAGAGGAAAUGGGAGAGAGCUAGAUGCAAACCAAGCAGCAAAGGAGUUGUUACGCAUGCACCAUAUGAGCCAUGGAGGGUUUAGACUGGUGUUAACUGGUAGAGCCCCUUCCUAGAGCCAGGGAAGCUCCUGCUACCCCGGGGCAGUGCUGGGAUGUCCAUCGCCACCACCAGGAACCAUGUGCCAGGGCCCUCCAUCUGUGUCAUGGCACCAGGCAGGGGCCGUACAUCUCGCUCCACUACCAUCAGUGUAAACGCAUUCAUGCGACAGCCUAUUUCUGCUGCUGCCACUCACCACGGAUCCGGUUCAAGGAGAACAUCUCCCAGCCUGUUCCCAGACAUGCGUUCAGUCUUUAACCAAACACACGAGGCCAAAUGUAACGCAGGUCACGGGGACAACCACUCCCCAAGCCUACGGCUGGUCUUGCAACACUGAUUUAGUGCAACUUCUUGCCCAAGCACCGGUGGAAAUGAGAGAAAGAAACUAAAGCCUCCGCUGCAGAAAAGGCUCUGCCACCGGAGCUGAGCAUCUUCAUCCACACCCAGUGCACCAGAUCCUCGCUGCUUUGGGGACCAACCGCUACCAGGGACCACAAGACCCUUGGCCACCACACGCCACCUCCGAACCUCCAGAAAGUUGUUCAGGCCUUACUGGAAGCAGGGCGGUGUGUAUCAUGUAUCUGUAUCAUGUGCCAUUUCUAUUAAAACCUGUAUUUCUGUCCUGUCGUUAA